CUCGGGAGACGCAGCAUGGAGAUCGAGCAAGAGCGGGGUCGACGACGAAGCCGAAGACGAAUUAAAGGGGAACGGGAGAGCUAGGGUUACGGUUUCAGGUUUUUUUUUUUUGAGAAUUAAAGCAAUGGAGGACACGUUUUUGUUCACAUCGGAGUCGGUGAACGAGGGCCACCCCGACAAACUAUGCGAUCAGAUCUCCGACGCUGUCCUGGACGCGUGCCUGGCGCAGGACCCCGACAGCAAGGUGGCCUGCGAGACCUGCACCAAGACCAACAUGGUCAUGGUCUUCGGCGAGAUCACCACCAAGGCGGACGUCGACUAUGAGAAGAUUGUCCGCGACACGUGCCGCGCGAUCGGGUUCACCUCCGACGACGUCGGCCUCGACGCCGACCGCUGCCGCGUCCUCGUCAACAUCGAGCAGCAGUCCCCCGACAUUGCCCAGGGGGUCCAUGGCCACUUCACCAAGCGCCCUGAGGAGAUUGGGGCCGGCGACCAGGGACACAUGUUUGGGUACGCCACUGACGAGACCCCCGAAUUUAUGCCCCUUAGCCACGUCCUCGCCACCAAGCUCGGCGCCCGCCUCACCGAGGUCCGCAAGAACGGCACCUGCUCCUGGCUUCGCCCCGACGGCAAGACCCAGGUCACCGUUGAGUACCGCAACGAUGGCGGCGCCAUGGUCCCCGUCCGUGUCCACACCGUGCUCAUCUCCACCCAGCACGACGAGACCGUCACCAACGACGAGAUUGCCGCCGACCUCAAGGAGCACGUCAUCAAGCCCGUGAUCCCGGAGAAGUACCUCGACGAGAAGACCAUCUUCCACCUCAACCCAUCGGGCCGCUUCGUCAUCGGCGGACCCCACGGCGAUGCAGGGCUCACCGGCCGCAAGAUCAUCAUCGACACCUAUGGCGGGUGGGGCGCCCACGGCGGCGGCGCCUUCUCGGGCAAGGACCCCACCAAGGUGGACAGGAGCGGGGCCUACAUCGUCCGCCAGGCCGCGAAGAGCAUCGUGGCCAAUGGGCUCGCGAGGCGGUGCCUGGUCCAGGUGUCGUACGCGAUCGGCGUGCCCGAGCCGCUCUCGGUGUUCGUGGACACCUACGGCACGGGGAAGAUCCCCGACAAGGAGAUCCUCAAGGUUGUGAAGGAGAGCUUCGACUUCAGGCCGGGGAUGAUCACCAUCAAUCUCGAUCUGAAGAGGGGCGGGAACGGCAGGUUCUUGAAGACGGCGGCCUACGGGCAUUUCGGGAGGGACGACCCCGACUUCACCUGGGAGGCGGUGAAGCCCCUCAAGUGGGAGAAGCCCGCGGCAUAAACAAGCAUUAUUCCGCUUCUUCGUCCCGUCGCCCGUCGUCCGUCGUAGCCUCAAUAACUGCUUGGAUUGCUAGUGCUUCCGCUAUUUAAAACUCCGUUCUUGUUCUUCGAUACGUGGUCUCAUCUCGUCGUCGCUGCCUCUAAAACCGAUUGUGGUUGAAUCAUAAGGGAGGGUUUGAAUUCUUUGUUGUUGUCUGAAAAAAAAAAAAGAAGAAAGAGAUUGGGGAAGAUGAAGGGGAAGAAGGAUUUGGAGGAUGUAAUGUUUGAGCAAUUUGAUUAAAUUAGUGAAAUGAAACUAUUGUUUGUCUCUGUUUCCUUCCA